CCAAAAUAGUUGUAAACAUGGAAGCUGAUGAGUCAAAUGUAUGUGCUUUGAGCACAGAAAUAAUUAGCAGUAGUGAUUUACAAGUCAACGAGGCGGCUCAAACAGGUUUAAGAUAUGCACACCAGUUUAUCAGCUCAAUUUCUGAUCAAAACAAUCUGUUAAACAGUAGUUUUAUCCAACAGUCGAGCCUAAUUGCCAAUGAAGCAAUCAAGGAGUUGAAGAAGUUUCUUUUUCUCCUAGAUGAUUCAACACCAACAAGUGAAAGAUGUUCUAAGAGGGUUAAGCAGGGUCCUCUGCCUAAAAUUCCGGGUAUAAACCCGAAAGAAAUGAUUGAUCCUUCGAUUAUCAACUCCUACAAGUUGGUGGUACCUAAUGGUUGCAUUCCUGUGAAAGAAUUCAGCUUUAUAAGCGCGAAAACUGAUGUGAUGAAUCGGUCAUAUUCUAAUCCUGUAUUGUGCAUGGAAGGAUCAAACAUAAGCAGCAAACAAAUAGUGAUGCAGAAUUCAAUGUCAGGGAUUUUGAGUUUCAGUGAAGAUGCUAGCACUAAAUGUGCUUCUUCUGCCAGGACUUGCCAUUGCACCAAAAAAAGGAAACGACGGGAAAAGCGGAAAACAAGAGUUCCAGCAAUUAGUGACAAAAUAGCUGAUAUACCACCUGAUGAGUAUUGCUGGAGGAAGUAUGGUCAGAAACCCAUCAAAGGCUCUCCUCAUCCCAGGAGUUACUACAAAUGCAGCACUUGUAAGGGAUGCCCUGCUAGGAAACAGGUGGAAAGAUGUUUACAAGAUUCAAGCAUGUUGAUUGUAACAUAUGAAGGGGAGCAUGUUCAUUCAACAUUCACAUUUCCAUAUUCAACCAUUACAUUUUGAAUCACUUUUGGGAAUAUCCACAUUAAUAGGUCCGAGUUCAAUAUUAAUGAAUUGAAAGGUCCGUAUGAUCAACUCCACACGCACAUGCAAGAAUCCAAUUGAAUUCACUGUUUUGUUUAAUACAAAUUUCUACUAGUAUUACUCCUCUCUCUGACAAAGAGGUUAGAGAUUAAUUGUUAGAGUGCUAUAAUCAUAAAUCAUAACUCUUCUGUCAAAUUUUGAUUAUUAUGAAAUUAGUUCAACACCUGCCAAAAUAAAUAAUUCAAUACUAGUACAUUGUUUUUGUCAAUUUCAAAGUGUAUAGAAAAUUGUUAUUC